AUGGACUUCGACCUCGAAAAAAACCUCAUUUUCUCAAUUACCAACACGGCCAUCAUGUUCAUCUGCGUGAAACUCUUCGAUCCGGAAAAUUGUCCAAAGCUCUUCUCAAUUGAAAUGCGCAACUACACGAUCGUCGGCUUCUUCUACACCGUUUUCCUGCGCAGCUAUCUUCCUUACGCUUCCAACCCUAAGAACCUCAACCCAGGUAACUUUAGAAGAAGAGUUAAGAAUUUAUCACGAUGCUUGAAAAACAUGUGUGGACCUUUUGGCGAAACAAUUUUAAGCAAAUGACCUUCUUGAUAUUUCAGAGAAGAAGACCUACGCUCAUCUGUUCCCGAGUCACUUUUCCUUCUAUCUCACAAUCUGUCUCCCGUACUACGCAUACAAUGAGGAGAACUUCCACGAAAAGUUCUUCUCAAUCAGCUUGACUUAUUGGGUUCCCUCGAUCAUUAUCAUGUGCCUCACUCAUUUCUUCCACAACGGAACCUUUUGA